GCCAGUGUCAGUGUCAGUCGCUCGCUUUCUUUCUCUCCUCCCGAUGCCCAUCGCAGCCCGGCCUAUAACUCCCAGUCCCGAGUGCAUGCACCAUGUACCAGAAUGGCGGCGCUAUGCCGGAGGUUGACGGUAUGAUCGGAAUGCCCAUGAAUCUCUCCAUGGACCAGACGGGUGAUCUGAUGACGGGCCUCGACAUCGACAUGCUGCCGGGGGAUCUCGAUCUCUCACUAAACAAUGCCGAAGCCGACGUUCAGACGCAAUCGUUGUACAAUACCCCGAUCGCCGCCCAGCCGCAGCGAACACCCUCGACCCCGGCCGAUGCGCCCGACGCCUACGCUCUCACCACCAACGUCCAGAACAACUUUCCCAUGUCGGGCGUCGGCGCCGGUCCCCUGCCCACCGGCUUCGGCAUGCAAAACACAAACACCUCGGGAAGCACCCUGACCGAGUUCACCAAGCGCCGCAACUGGUCGCAGCGCAUCAUCGAGGAGCUUCGCGAUUUUCUCCACAUCCUCACCCCAGACGGCCGGAUACUGUACGUGUCGCCGUCGUGCAAGGCCCUCACCGGCUGGGAGCAGUCGCAGCUUGUCGGCCGGACCGUCGUCGAGUUCAUCCACAGCGACGACUCGGGCAUCUUCAUCCGCGAGUUCAACGAGUCCGUUGCGUCGCACAACCCCCUCCGCUUCUUCUAUCGUUUCCGCAAAGCGGAUGGCACCUACAUCAUCUUUGAGUCGCACGGCCACCCUCACUACGACCAGCCGAACCCGGCAUUUGGGGGAAAUGACACGGCAUUCAUGAUUUGCCGCGGCUUCUUCCUCAUGGCUCGACCGUAUCCGAUUAAGAACACGUCGUUGCUCGAUUCUUUCCUGGAGCACAAGAUUGAAAAUGAGCGAUUAACGAGAAGGAUUGCAGAGCUCAAAAAAGAGGAGACGGAAGAGCAGGAGGCGCAAGACAGACAAUGGGCCAAAAAGACCGAUGGACAGGGCAGCGUUACCCCGUCAGACUCCCAAAUGGGUGGGACGUCUCCUGCGCCAGCGAGCGCUUAUAGUGGCAUGCCACCCCCGGCUCGGCCAAGUCUAUCGAAUAUAGCACUGACUCGGCAAAAUCUGGAUGAAGCGUUAGCGGCAUCCAGGCCUGACAGUAUCACUGACAAAAUGGCGCGUUACGAAGGUGCCACGCAUAUCGACACGAUUGAGAUGCUCACUGGCUUGCGUUACCGCGACGGUGAACGAUCUCAGGGCAUCAGUACCGGAGACACGAGCCCUGCCCUGAUCAGAGGAGAUGCCGGUAUCGCAAUUGUAGUCGACAAGGACAACCGAGGCCAUGCGGACAAGAAGAAGAAGCUCAAGAUUGCGGAUGAAUAUGUAUGCACGGACUGCGGGACCCUGGAUUCCCCAGAGUGGAGAAAGGGUCCAAACGGGCCUAAAACGCUGUGCAAUGCAUGUGGAUUACGAUGGGCCAAGAAAGAGAAAAAGCGGCAAAGCAUGAGCGGCCCCAGCGGUCAACAAUCAGCUCCCCCUCCGCCCUCCUUGCAGAUGCAGACGAGCAGUGGCAGCGGCUAGACCGCCUCAUUUGAUGAACAACUUUGAUUUUAAGCAACAAAUACCCCUCCGCGCAUCUUCUAUUAGGGAGAACUGCCGCCCGCCCGCGAGCCCGCCCGGGCCGCAUCGAGUCGGCAGAAACGGAUGUAAAAAUUCACAAAAAGCCUCCGUCGUGGUUGAGCAGUGAUGAUUUGGUCGGAAGAAGUCUGUUCUAAAAUAUGCGGCGAUCUUGAAGAUUUUGCCUGAGAAUUUCUGCCCGGCUGGUGGGGAUGAGAGAUGAAGGUUUACGGAUAAUGACAAUUGUAUAUACUGACGGAGCUUGGAUGGAUCUACAUUCAGCGUUUUAAGCCAAGCUUUGAGGAUUAUAUCGAAUACAAUAUUUAAUUCUUGUGUACGUUCUUGGGGUUGGAGCAUGAACAGUUCCAUUGAAAAGAGGAUGAGC